AUGGACUUAGCUUUCCCCCUGGGAGCCCGCCAGUCUGCUCUGUCCAUGGGAUUCUCCAGGCAAGAAUACUGCAGUGAGUUGCCAUUUCCUUCUCCAGGGGCUCUUCCCAACUCAGGGAUUGAACCUGGGUCUCCGGCAUUGCGGGCAGAUUCUUUACUGUCUGAGCCACGGGGAAAGCCCAGUACAUCAUUUAUCAGGUGUCAGGUACUGUACAGGGUUCUGGGUUACCAUGGUGUGUUGAGCAAGACCACUCUGACAUUCGCAUAUUUGCUGUGGGGACUCAGAGGAGUUGCGCAACUGUCCUCACAGCCGAGAUGUACUGCAGUGGUGUGA